UUUUAUAAAAAGUCAGUCGUUCCUGUUGAUUUGUGUGCGACGGAGUGUGCAAAAUGGCUCUACGGGUAACUCUAAAUCAUGCGUUAAAGGCCCUUACCAAGUCCAACCAGGUUCCUCGUUCAUCAAGGGUGUUUUCUCGAAGUCGUUCAUCUGAACCAGAUCCCGAGUCUGCAGUCCAAAGACCUGGUCUAGCAUUUGAAUUAAGUGAUGAGCAGAAAGAGUACCAAGAGUUGGCUCGUAAGUUCACCAAGGAAGAGAUCAUUCCUAAGGCUGCUGAACAUGACAAGACUGGAGAGUACCCGGUGGAGAUCAUCAAGAAGGCGUUUGAUCUCGGAUUGAUGAAUUCACACAUUCCGGCUUCAGUUGGUGGACUUGGUCUGGGUAUUCUAGACUCAUGUAUAAUUGCUGAAGAGUUUGCCUAUGGAUGUACAGGGAUCCAGACAGCCAUAGAAGCCAACUCCUUAGGGCAAAUGCCGGUAAUCAUUGGCGGAACUAAAGAACAACAGAAGAAGUACCUUGGUCGGAUGGUGGAGGAACCCCUGAUGUGUGCCUACUGCGUGACAGAGCCAGGGGCAGGCUCUGACGUUGCUGGUCUGCGAACCCGCGCCGAGAAGAAGGGUGACGAAUACAUCCUGAAUGGUGGCAAGAUGUGGAUCACCAAUGGCGGGCAUGCUAACUGGUACUUUGUCUUGGCUCGUACGGAUCCCGAUCCCAAAGCAUCCACGGCUAAGGCCUUCACUGGAUUUAUUGUGGACAGAGACAGUCCUGGUGUGAUUGUUGGCAGGAAGGAGUGGAACAUGGGUCAAAGGGCGUCAGACACACGAGGCAUUACAUUUGAAGAUGUGAGAGUACCAAAAGAGAAUGUUUUAAUUGGAGAAGGUAUGGGUUUCAAGAUCGCAAUGGGAGCAUUUGACAAGACCAGACCACCGGUUGCUGCAGGAGCUACUGGUCUCGCACAGAGAGCCUUUGAUGAGGCCACCAAGUACUCAAUGGAAAGAAAGACGUUCGGAAAAUACAUCUGUGAGCACCAAGCUGUUGCCUUCAUCUUAGCUGACAUGGCAAUCGGCAUUGAGACUGCACGCCUGAUGACUCAUAGAGCAGCCUGGGAGACCGACCAGGGAAAACGCAACACGUAUUACGCAUCCAUUGCUAAGGCAUUAGCAGCUGAUGUAGCUAACAAGUGCGCUACGGAUGCUGUACAGGUGUUUGGCGGGAAUGGCUUCAAUACGGAGUAUCCAGUGGAGAAACUGAUGAGGGAUGCUAAGAUCUAUCAGAUCUACGAGGGUACAGCCCAGAUUCAGCGCGUCAUUAUAUCCAGAGAGGUGCUGACAAAGGCUAAACAGAUGAUGGGAUAGAUUGGUUGGCUGACCAACAACAGAUGAGGUCUCUGUGCUACAUUCUCUGCCGCUGGGGGUGCACUAACACGACUAAAUGACCAAAACAACCAUCCAGGAGUGUGAGAGAGAGAUGCGGAAUCAGCCAUUAACAGGUUUUUUAAUGUUUAACCCAAACAGUCCCAAAGCCUCAUAAUUCCUAUCUAGGAAGUUGUCCAACUAACUACAUUUAUAUAGGAAGUCAUGCUGCAUGCCCAACUAACAAUUCGUUGGCUCAGGACUAUGUUCUUUUGUGCAGUUUGUAUGGAUUUCAUAAAAUUGCUUUUGCAUAUUUUGGGGCUCCUGUAAACAGAGUUUAUUAAUCAAGAGUAGUCUCAAUUGUAGGCAAAAAGAAACAUUCAGUUUCUAAGAAAAAUAUUGACUUGCAUAUUUUGAUUUAUUUUUUCAAACUUAUACACAUUUAUUCACUUAGCGACCUUUAGAUUAUGAAAUUACAAUUAACGACCUUUAAGCUCUGAGCCAAUGAAUUGAUAAUUAUUUGAACAGGCAUACCAAUCUCAUCCGAGGCAAAACACAAGGUGUUGAUUGUUGAGGUACCAAAGAGUAGAGGAGCCUUGAAGGGUUAUGCGAGGGUCUCUGCCAAUAGACAUCAGUAGGAAUAGUGUUGAGAUCAUUAAAAUUCCCUUUCAGGAAGUUUUGUGACUUUGACGGAGCGAGACUGCAGGUCCAUUUCAAAAACAAGGGCCCAAUUUCUUGGUGCUGCUUGCUGUGGAAUUUGGGGCUUCGAAAGACACAUUUUACAGGGUGCCGUAAGCACAGAAUUGUUAUUUGUGACUGGUUGCCCGACAUCCCUACCAGGGGUUACUGGCAGAGGUAUCGAUACAGUGCACUGCCCAUGGUAGCAAGGUUAAGAUUGUCCAAUUUUAAAGAUGUUUUUACUAUUUAAAAAAAAAGGCAAAUGAGCAAUGCAAGUUAAAUGAUUUUCCGGACACUGUGUGGUUAUUAAAGGUUUGCACGAUUUGGACAUAAA